CUUGUCAUCAGAAACACAUAUUGUUAAAUACAUUUCCCUGCAACACGUUUUGCUAAAGAAUGUUCUUCGACAAAUGGUACUAGCGAUAAUUUUGAAUUGUGUUAGAUUAUUUUAAACGAUUCUGUCUAUAUACUAAAUUAAAUUAUUUAUCCUUUUUGUAAUUUUACAUAAUGUUGUUAUUAAUAUUGUGUAUUGGACUUGGAUAUGGAUCAGUUUUACCCGAAAACCCAGAUACGGAGGUUGAGAUGCCACUUAUCAGUAACGACGAUGUUCCACUGGUUGCAAAGUUUGAUACAAAAAAUCUGGAUAAGGCAACAAAGACAUACAUUAAUAAAACAAUGAAAAUGACUGUUAUGGAAAAAUUUUCCGAAUUGAAAUUGGAUAUACUGUCUAAAAUUAAAACAGAAAAAUAUCCUAGAGAUUGCGAAGAUGUCAGAGAGUCAACAAGUGGUAUAUACAAAAUAUAUCCAUCAAAUAUCCGUGGAUUUGAAACAUACUGUGACAUGACGACCGCAGGCGGGGGUUGGUUGGUUUUCCAGAAAAGGCAGGAUGGAAGUGUUGACUUCUUCAGAAACUGGACAGAUUAUAAAAACGGGUUUGGUGACUUGACAGGGGAAUUCUGGUUAGGUAAUUCAAGAAUCCAUGAAAUGACCACAAAAGAUGAAUAUGAACUGUACAUACUAAUGGAGGAUUUUGCAGGAGAAACGAGAUAUGCGAGAUACAAGACGUUUUAUGUAGGAGACGUACAGUCUAAAUUCACUUUGAACAUCGGAAAUUACAGCGGAAACGCAGGAGAUUCGUUGGACACAACCCAUCACAAAAGUCAGCCUUUUUCAACGCUAGAUAAGGACAGUUCGAGCAAUUGUGUAGAUCUGUAUAAAGGUGGCUGGUGGUACGGCAACUGUCAUCGAUCUAACUUGAAUGGACUGUAUCUUAAUGGUUCGCACAAGUCAUAUGCAGAUGGUAUUGAGUGGUUCACUUGGAAAGGUUACAACUAUUCCCUUAAGAGGACACAAAUGAUGAUUCGACGCCGUCGUUAACAUGAUUAAUAUGUCAUAACUGAUGACACUGAUUGUCAUUUGACGUAGAUACACAUGAUGCUUAUUGUGACUUAGGAUAUAUAACAACAGAAAGACAUAUGUGAUCUGGUUUACAGCAUGCAAAACAUAGUUUCAGAAUACUUAUGUCAAUCAAUAACAAUUUGCAUUUCUUGAUUUCAAAUACACUGUGCAUUAUACAUUUUGAGAAAUCUUGUCAACUUUGCAUAUUUAAUAAAGUUUGGUUCAAAAGAGCCGACAAAUA